AACGAGAGAAAAGAAUAGUCGCGUAUGGCUGAAACAGAAACAAGGAAGAGGAAGAUGGGAGAGAGAAGAGAAGCUGAUUCCAAUUCCAGGACAGCAACACCAAAGUGGCCAACAAUCAAACCAAAACAAAACAUUCAGAUAACCCGUCUCAAAGACAAUGAUCUUUUCACCGUACAUAAUUUCUUCACAUCUGCAGAAUCAAAGGCUUUUGUUAAGGUUGCAGAGUCUAUUGGGUUUGUUCACCAAGGAAGUCUUGGCCCAACAAAAGGUGAAGCUUUUAGAGACAAUGAUAGAAUCUCUGUGAACGAUCCUGUUCUUGCUGAUUCUAUAUGGAAUUCUGGGCUCAGCAAAUUGUUUUCUGACAUCAAAAUUCGAAGGGAGGUUGCUGUUGGCUUAAACCCAAAUAUCAGAUUCUACAGGUACAAGGUUGGUCAGCGAUUUGGGAGGCAUAUUGAUGAAAGUGUUGAUCUUGAAGAUGGAAAACGCACACAUUAUACUUUGUUGAUAUAUUUGAGUGGCGGUUUCAAACCGAAAGCGAAAAAUGAUGUGAGCAGUCAUCAGGAUUCAUCCUCAGAGCCUCUGGUUGGAGGAGAGACCGUCUUUUAUGGCUCAAGGAAUAGUGUUGUGGCUGAGGUGUCUCCCGUUGAAGGGAUGGCUCUUCUGCACAUUCAUGGGCACAAAUGUAUGCUGCAUGAAGCUCGAAAUGUUACUAAGGGUAUCAAUGGUCAUGAGUGCAGAUAUAAUUGCUGCAGGAGACCAGCGUGGGUGCUUAGCCUUCACAAUAGCUGCUGCUCCUGUUACGUGUGGGCAAGACAUUGACGUUCCAGAGUCUACUAGUAUUUGACUCUCCUGGUGUCCUAUUUGUAAACUGAAGCUUUUGCAACAGGUGACCAAGCUGCAAGGAUAUCAACACCUGUUGAACGAGGUCAGGCUGUUAAUUUUAUUUGAGAACCCAAACUUGUGAGAACAUAUAUGAAAGGAGUAAUGUAUAUGGUGAAACAAAGUGAUGAGGUCCUAGCAACUGCUGUUUACCUUUAGAAUAUCUGGCACCAUUAGGUUAGGUCCUCUGGAUGAAAAAGUGGGAACAUAUGAUGCGUGUAGAUCCUUCCAUGUUUCAGUCACUAGGGUACUUGCCUCUGGUUACUAUGUUUCAGUGGUACAAAUUAAGAAUGAGCACCAAUGUCAUGUUGCUAAAACUUUAUAAAAGGUCGAUUUUUGUUGCUUAUUCACCUGGAGGUUUUAAUGUAUUUCAUUACUGUCGCAAUUGUUCUGGACUGAUGAGCGUUGUUGGAAGUGGAAAAGAGAAGGCAGGAUCAUCAACAGAUUGAAAGGGCAUGAUGAUACCCGCUCCGUCUGCAUCAAGAAUGCACCAGCCCCGUUUGAUUGAUAGUCACAGAGAACAAUUUUCCCCUUUACUUUGUGUUUAUUUAAGUCUCCAGCAUAGC